UCGGUGCCGGUACGUGUGGUUACCGGAACGUGACGGUCCGUGUCGUAUAGUCUGAAUCGGCCUUUAUCCGUACAUUUCGUUUGUUUCCAAAAUAAAUCCCCAGAUAAGAGUAGUUUCUCUUCGUCGUCGUAUCGACGUCGCUGCUGUCGGUUUACAGUUGACUCAUUGUUAACGGAAAUAUCGUGAAAGUCGGGUCAUUGUGUUAUCACGGAGAAAUGGACUCACGUAAACACAUCGGCCAAGUCAAUCUGUAAGAAUCGACGACCGAGCGUCGCAAUCUUUAUUUAGGCUGUAUCGGGAACGAACGGGCAUUCCUCGCACAGGGAUAUUUUUCGUUAAGUUCGAAACAAGCAUGCCGCGUGGUUCGGUGUGUAUUUGAACACAGAGGAGAAGAAGAUUCUUGGGAGAAGUACAGUUUGGCCGCGCUCGUUUCUCGAAAGACAGUGAAAUUGCAUUGCGACGAUUGCAUUACGAAAUUGUGACGCGAUAAGUGUAAUUACAGUAUAUUUCCUGUACGUGGGAAUACCGUUUUCAGUGUGUCGGGUAAUGCGAAGUACGAGUACUGGAGAAGAAACGUUCCAAAAACGGGAGCAGUCUGAUACUAAAAUGGAACGUUAGUGUGUUUUUGAAAGUAGUGAUCGGUCAUCUAUGAUACAUUUUUUUAAUUUAUGCGUGUGUAACGAUACGAAUGUUACCAAGUAUAGAGUGUGCGACAUACGAGGACAAUAUUACAAAAAUCUGUUAAUAUCUUUUUUUUCAAUCGUGCUUUUGACAAAUAAGGUUUAAGUCGAUAUUGCAUCUGCAGAAGAACUGCAGAAUUGAACAAUGUUCUGUCGGAAACGAAACGAUGGCAUCGCGAAGCUUGUGGAAAAUUCAAACAAGGACGAUUUCGGAUGGUGGCUGAGCAAUGAAAACAAAUUAAACUCAUCGACGACCAACCAGGACAAGGAUUGCCUGUCCUUGGGAUCAUCCGAGUCGAUGCUGUCCUGCAUUGAUUCCGAGGACGACGAUAGCUAUUCUCUCGCAGAGGAAUUCAGACAGGAACGAAACAAUAAUUGCGAGAGGAUAGAACUCACGUCUUUAAUUCGCGAGGAUCUCGACGUGAACUUGAUCGAACAAGAUGCGAUUGGAAAGGAAUCGGAGGUCACGCCAUUUUCAGCUAAAGAAGCCGAAAACUACUUCGACGAGUCGAAAUCUAAAUCGCGCGGGUUCCAGGCCGUCUGCUAUACCCCGGAAAGGUUGAUUAAAUCUCAGGAGUAUAGAAUACUCACCCCGUCGCCCCGUUACUUGUCCAUCUCUCAAGCGAGAAUCAUGCCAGAAAAUGAAAAUCAACGGAAGGCGCUUCGUUGCCGGCGGCGAUUGAAUUAUCUUAUCGACUCUAAGCAAGUUGGCCUCGUUCGUUCCAACUCCGCGGAAGUAGCAGUGCCAACGAUCGUUUUACAUCAUUGGAACGCGUACAGAAGGAGCUACGACAGCGAUGAAAACGGGAAAUUAGAAGUUACCCAAAAUGGAAAAGAUAUGAAGAAGUCGUCCAACGUGAACAUACCUGGUUUGCUCAGCAAAAGAUCCAGCGAGGAGGGUCUUUCUAUCUCCUGGGAGGACUGGAAAAAGAUCGACACGCGGAGCUCCUCUCUGGAGGACACUUCCGGUAUUCAGAGCAACGACUGGAGCUCAGAUACUCACAGCGACACGCAAAACACGCCUUUGUGUCUUUUCGACGAGUUAGCUUCGACGAAUUACAAGUUCGACUCUUCACAGGAACGUGGUACCCGUACCAACGAAGUAGUAUCAAUUCUCAAAGCUCUCGACACGGAUCCUGAAAAGGCGAUGGUUCUUCUGGAAGAAGAUCGUUUUUGCAACAGCACUUCCUCCCACGAUCAAUUGACCAGGCUGGCCCUGGCGAUUGAAACGGAUACAAAAGUGCCAGAAGUUGUUGAACAUUCCGAAAAUAUAGUACACCGUCUUCAAAUGAAAGUGGAGAAGCUUCAGGCUAGCAGCAAGGAUAUUUACAAAGAUAUAUGUAACCUGCGAACGAGUUUUCAGUGUGACGAACGAAAAGUGACGGAUAUCUCGUCCAGCACGAACAAACUGCGACAAGACAUCCACGAGAUGCGAUAUCUUGAUGAUCUCUUAAGUCUCUUACGGGGAGAGAUCGAAAGAAUCUCGAAAAGGAAUUGGCCAUUCGUCAUCGGGCGUACGGAACAUGAUUCGGAGGAAAUGAAUCUCAUCGUGUAAAUAAUUCCCCUCGAUUGCAUCUGUAUCAUACAGUUAGCGAAAGGAAACACAGACUGAAGAUAUAGCUGUGAAACGUUUAAGGCUACCUUUUUAUUAAAAAAAAAAGAAAGAAAGAAAAAACAACGGUAUUUUUUAAUAAAAACUACAACUUCUGUAGGUACUUUUACAAUACACAAACGCGUUUAAAGCGUAUCACUGCCGCCAUAUAAUUUAAAAAAAAAUUGAUUCCAUAAAAAAAUUGUCCUGUGAAGUUAUUGUAAAAGUCGAGCAAUACGAAUCGAAAUUUUAAAAAUCUUGCCAUCCAGUACGCGUACUUUGUGUUUCGCUAGAAUAGAGUUUAUUAUCGGGUAAGUUUGUUUAAAUUAUUUCAUAAUAAUAUAUAUUUGUAUUUACAAUAUAUGUUUCCUUGUAGUUUCGUGAAUUAGUGGUGAAAUUUUACUGUACGAAAUUU